CCCACCGGCGGACUGUUCCGAAAUAAACCUCGUCUUUUCCCGAAAACUAUAAAUACUCCUCUUACUUACCCCAUUCCCAAUUUCUGUGCCCUAGAAGCCUUUCCUUUUCGUUUUCGCCUCCACUCGCCGCAACAUCAUGUUCCCCCUAUCCAAACUCCCAUCUUCCCCUCACUUUCCCACACUUUCUCGCGUCUUCUCCGAAACUUCCCCCAAGCUUUCUCACCGCAAUUUCGACUCGGCCACGCAGAGACGGUCCCUUGUUGCUUAUUUAUGAUCCGUACUGAAAUGUCUCGGAUCGUAGGUGAUGCUAGUCGGUUCUUGUGAAUUGAGUGUCUGUUGUUGGAUUGGGUUCCUGUUCGUUGAUGGAUGCGUUGGAAUUACCGUUUCCUAUGGACGUGGCGGUGCCGAAGCUCAUGGGGUCGGACGGUUUUGUUAGAGCUGGGGUUACCGUCAAGGAAGCUGAGGCUCGUGAGCAAGGUGGUGUUCCGGUUCUCGUAAGCCCUCCGAUCGCCCGGUGCAGCUCUGUUCUCAGAAAGAAAGAGUCUGCCUGCUGUGAUAAGGUUCCAGAUACGGAAAUGUGUACGCUCUCUAGUCAGCUGCCCACUUUUCAAGGUGAAGAUGUGUCUGAGCACAUUUAUGGUAUGGGCAAAAAUCGUCGUUUACAGAAUCCUAGGUCUGAUAGUGUACAGUUACAACGGAAAGCAGCAAAGGCAUCAAGAAGUGGUGGUGCGUGUUCAAAGAGGCCACGGCUGGCUCAAAUGGAUGAUUCUAUGAGUUUGGCUGGCGUUGAGGACAAAAUAGAUAUUACUGAUAAGCUCGGGCCGUUUCCUACAAGGCGCAUAUCUCCAGAAAAUACUCCAUUGUUGACACAAAAGAACAACUUCAACAAGCGAAGCGAUAAGAGAGGUUUAAAAGUUCCUGCAAAGAUCAAAUAUGAUUCUUUUUCUAUGAAGGCAGGGUUGUCGAACUUCAGUUCAGCUUCUGGAGGAAACAACUUUUUUGGGUUAUAUGGUCUGAAGUUAGAUACUAAUGACAUCACGAAGCUUGUGGAUGAGCUGGCUUUGAACGAUCUACUUGAUGGCACUUACAAGUGUUCCAGUUUAGUUAAAGACAAAGGGAAGAAAGCAGAAAACAUGAGUGAAGAUAUUUUGCAUUCAGUUAGAAAAGCUUUCUCGGUCCUGCAGCUCUCCAGGCCUGUCCAGUCCCAAGAUAUUGCAGAUGUAGAUAGCUUCUCCAACAAGAAAAUAUCUACAUGCAUAUUGAGCUCUGUUUCUGGCAAUAAAGGAGAGUCCUGCACACCUGAUCUGUCUUCAUGUAACAAGGACUCUUAUAGCAAGCCUGAUAUGCUUGCUAAUCCGCUUGAUUUGCCAUUGUAUCAACCUAAAGAUAUUUUAAAAAACUUGGUGCUUGCUGAACCCAAGGAUUUGGAGUCUGUGCUCCUUGAUGCGGCCAAGUCUUCUUUAAGGAAUACUUCUGAUAUACGACCAGGCAAGCAAAUGUCUCGCAGGGUCAGCUUGCCACCUUUUCCAUGGUCACAUACGUUUAGUGGGCAUUGUAGAAAUAAUUCUGAUGCUAUUAAAUCGGCUACAACUAGGAGCACAUGCCAAGGUAGAUGGGUAAUGAUAGGGAAUGUUUCCAGCUUUCCAAGGACUACCACCGAUUUUCUUGCAAGCAUAGAGUCACUAACUUAUGACCAGAGCCUGGUUCCUCCAGGACUGAGUUCAGAAAAUAAAAUUUCCCCAUUGACAUCUGUUAGACUUCCUUGGAGUGACCGGGAUUCGUUAUCUUCUGCAACAUAUUUAAAAGCUUCUCACAUAUUUCGAGAUCCUGGAGGCCAAGUGAAUUAUCAAGGAAAUGCAGGGCAAUGUCCAAGAUUAAUAGCUGCUGCACAAACUCUAUACGACAUUGCUAAUCACUCAGUCAAGCAAAAUCCAGAUGGAAUGAUAAGGUGGCCAAAGAAGCCUCCACAAAAGGCCAUGAGAGCUCGCAAGCUGAAAUCAAAUGGUAAACACGAAGAAAUAUUUGCAACAUCAAUUCCUUUGUUCGCAUCUAACAAUCUGGUAAGAAACGUGGACCCUCUUAUGUCCUCAAAAAAGCCUAAGCUGUCCAUGAUUGAGAGCAGUAAGGAUCUAGAUCAUUCCAAUUGUCUUAGGAAAGGACCAUUAAGUUGGUCAACUCUCAGGUCAAGCCGAUCAUCGCCAGGCAAAUCAACUAAGGAUACGAUUGCAGAAACUAAGCAUUCAACUGUCAGCAUUUUAAAACAAUCAUGCACAAUGCCCCCACCUACAAGGGUUUUGGACAAGGAUUGCAACAGUCUUCAGAAGGUAAGAAAAUUGUUGCCCAUGGAUUGGAACAGAGGACGCGAUGGCCUUGAAUGAUCGAUGCUGCUUUACUUGUGACAAUUGCUGUGAUUUGUCAGUUAAUGCUUCGUCAAUGGCCAAACCAUUUGUAUGUAUAUAUUAUGAUGCUAGGUAGAAAGGAAUUGUUGUAGGAAUUCACGCUCACGCUCUAGCUGGAAUGGAAUUGUGGCAAGGGUGAAUUGGGAGAGGGUGAGGUGUUUCCAGUGUUGUAAUAGUUCUAAAUUUGUACACACGGCAGGGGAAUUCUUUGCCUUCUGUAGAGCAUUUCAUGAGGCAAUAGAAAUUUACGUUCCUGAUC